AUGGCGGCCAAGUUCAUUCCGCGCCAGGUCUUCCCUCAUUAUGGAUCGAUCCCCAGAUCCUACUUUCUGGGGCACCAUCGCGCGGGCUUGACCAAAAUGAAAAGCAUGCUCUCGUCGAUCGAUUAUGUUAUCGAAUGCCGCGAUUACCGUGCGCCCAUCACUUCAAUCAAUCCCAUGUUUGAAGAAGCCUUAGGCAACAAGCGACGCUUGGUUGUCUAUACCAAACGAGAUCUCGGCAGCAUGCCCAAGUCGUCUGCGCGGAAUCAGAUUGAGAAAAAACUCCAGAGGUUUGAUACGAAGUCCGCCACCUUCUUUGUCAGUUCGUCUUCCCGUCCGGACGUCAGCAACAUCCUCAAACAUCUCCGGGACGAUGCUGAAGGCCCCGAUAAACUCGUUGGGUGUCGUGUCCUGGUGGUUGGAAUGCCAAAUGUCGGCAAGUCGACGCUCAUCAACAACCUGCGCAACCAAGGUGUUGGCAAGGCCAAGGCCGUGAGAACUGGCGGGCAACCGGGUAUCACUCGCAAAAUAGCUACUCCGGUUAAAAUCAUCGAGCGAGAGCAUGGGUCGCAUGUUUAUGUCGUGGACACGCCAGGUGUAUUCAUGCCUUAUGUGCCGGACGCGGAGAACAUGCUCAAACUCGCGCUCUGUAACUGUGUCAAGGAUUCCGUGAUAUCGCCAAUCACACUUGUGGAUUACUUGUUAUAUCAAAUCAACCUGCAUGAUGUGCAGGCGUACAAAAGGUGGUCUGAACCGACGAACGAGGUGGUACCAUUGCUUGACACGUUCGCGCGCCAGACGGGACUUCUGGGGAAAGGCGGCGUUCCCAUCCUGGAUUCGGCGGCCAUGCAUUUUAUUCAGAAGUGGCGCGCGGGCGAGCUGGGCCGAUUUAUCUUAGAUGAUCUUGAGGCAGAGAAACGGCGCCUGGAGGACCCCUCACAGCCAGUUCGUCUCAGCAUGACCCAGGCACUCAAGGCUGGACGAGGAUCCCGCAAGAAUUCCUCCAAUACGGAUUCAAAUGAUACCCCUUGA